AUGCUUGAUGUGUCAAGCCCCCAGGCAGGCAAAAUCUGGAAGAAGGCCAAUCUAACCUUCUCCCUUGAUGGCAAGCACAUGACUGAGACAUUCCUAAUCUGCAAUACAGGGUCUCACGCCGCUAUCUUGGGAUUGAAAUGGCUAGAUGCCCAUAACCCGGAAAUCAAUUGGAACACACGCACCCUUACUUUCCCCCAUGCACCCCUGGAACACAUAGCCAUUGCCAAGGAGGAGGAGGCCAACAAGAAUCCCCUCAAAGGAGUACCCCCAAAAUACCAUCAAUACACAAGGGUAUUUGGGGAGGAAGAAUUCAACAAACUUCCCCCUCACCGGCAUUACAACAUCAGUAUUGAGCUAACAGAAGAAGGACCUCUCAAUUCCCCUCUCUACAGUAUGACUGAUGCAGAAUCUGCUACACUGAAAGACUGGCUCAGGGACAAGUUGAAGGCAGGGAAAAUACGUCCCAGCAAGUCCUCCAUCAGCUCCCCUGUGAUGUUUGUACCCAAAAAGGAUGGUUCCUGCCAACUGGUUGUUGACUACCGUUGCCUCAAUAACCGGACCAAGAAGAAUGUGUACCCGUUACCACGCCCAGACAACCUUAUGGCCCAGCUCCGCGGCGCCAAGGUUUUUACUAAGUUGGAUUUACGGUGGGGCUACAACAACGUCUGUGUCAAGGAAGGUGACAAAUGGAAAACUGCAUUUUGCACCAAGUAUGGCCUCUACAAGUCCCUGGUUAUGAGCUUUGGUCUGACCAACGCCCCCGCUGCAUUCCAACACUUCAUGAACAAACUGUUCAAGGACCUGCUUGAUGACACUCAGCACGUUCACAAAGUCUUAAGGCGUCUGAUGGAGAACCAGCUGUUCUGUAAGGCUUCCAAAUGCACCUUCCACAUCAACUCUGUGGAAUAUUUGGGGAUAAUUGUAUCAGAUAAGGGUUUUAGUCUGGAUAAACUCAAAAUCCAGGCCGUCCAGGAAUGGCCCACACCCACCAAGGUCAAAGAAGUCCAAUUGUUCCUGGGAUUUGCCAACUUCCUGCAACAAUUUGUUGCCAACUUCAGCCACAUGGCUAGGCCAUUACAUAACCUGGUCAAGAAAGAUACAACCUGGCAAUGGGGCACUAAGGAACAGGAAGCAUUCCAAAGGUUGAAAGACGCCAUCACCAAUGCACCAGUACUAUGUCAUGCGGACCCCUUGAAACCUUACUUCCUGGAAACAGACACAUUGGGCGUGGCUCUAGGCUCCAUACUCAGUCAACAACAGGAAGAUGGUUGCCUCCACCUGCUAGGCUUCCUAUCCAAGUCAUUUAAAGGUGCUGAACAAAAUUACAACACCCAUGAUAAGGAACUCUUGGCAAUCAUUAGGUCCUUUGAGUAUUGGCGUAUAUUCUUGGAAGGAACCAAGCAUCCAAUCACUGUCUUCACCAACCAUUGGAACCUAGAAUAUUGGAAGGAAUCUUAG